AUGACUGGCUAUUCCUUUUCUCGGCCGAGGGAGCUCCCUCGUAAGCCGAUUAUUCGACGCACCCGUAGUUGGCGCGGCAUUAUGCAGGUCCGCUUCAACGACAGCCGCGCAGACCGCAACAAGAUCGGGGUGCAGGCGUUCUUUUGGGCACCGAUGCGCAUCUUUGGUUUGGGUCUUUUCGCCACCUGCAGCCUCUACUACUUGAUGGGCCAUGACAGCUUCGUGCACACGCUACUAGGCUACGAGUCGGAGAUGCAGUACGAGGCACGCGUCAACCCCAUCACCGAGGGACAGUCGCAGAACUUUAUGAUUUUAGAUAGGGACCGCGCCUGGAAGUCGCCGGUGCGAAACUUGGAAAAGCCACUGCAUCCGGUGCGCGAGUUUGACGUGCUGCGCGACCCCAAGUCGACGUGA